AUGGCCAUGGUGGAGAGUAGGUAUGGUCCCUGUGCCAGCCAUGGCUUCUUCCUCCUACGGCUGCUGCUGCCGUUCUUGUUCUUCUUCUCCUUUAUUGAUGUGCCACCGGCCGCCGCCGCCACCACCACCACCAUGCAAUCGCCUCCACUGACCGACACGCAAAAGUCCAUCAUGAAUGAUAUUGCGAGUCUGGUGAACUCUGAAUCCGCUUCCGCCAACACCAGGUGGAACGCUGCAGACAAUCCAUGCAAGUGGACAGGAAUCAGUUGCAGAAAUUCCAGUUCUUUCUCGGCCGUCACUAGCAUCAGCUUGUCAAACUAUGGCCUAUCCGACUCCUCCAUCUUUGCCCACCUUUGCCGGCUUGGCACCUUGCAGUCCCUUGACCUCUCCCGAAAUUCCUUCACAAAUUUGUCCGCCCAGUUCUUCGCCAAUUCUUCUUGCUCCAUGAAAGAAGGGUUGCAGUCACUUAAUCUGAACACCAAUCAGUUGGCUAAUUCGCUCAGUGAUUUAUCCCACUUCCCCCAGCUGGAAGUUCUUGACUUGUCCUUCAAUUCCUUUGCCAGCAGAAAUCUGAGUGCAGACUUGGGUUAUUUUCCCAAAUUAAGGAGCUUCAACGCUAGUACCAAUAAGUUGAGUGGUGAUGUUCCUACCAGUAUGGUCGGCUCUUUGCUGGAGUUGGUAUUGUCUGGUAAUCAACUGAGUGGUUCAAUCCCUCUGGGUUUGUUUAGAUAUGAAAAUCUUACUCUGCUAGAUCUCAGCCAGAAUUAUCUAACUGGUCCUGUCCCAGAUGAGUUCAUGAGUCUCCCCAAGCUCGAGACUUUGCUUCUUUCAGGCAAUAAACUGAUCGGGGAAAUACCAGCGAGCCUCUCAAAUGUGACAACGCUGUCUAGGUUUGCAGCCAACCAGAACUAUUUGACUGGUCCAAUAGCCAGCUGGAUUACCAAGCACGUUUGUAAUACCUUGAGCAUGACUUCUCUUGAGUUGGAUGGUAAUCAGUUAAUAGGAAAUAUACCUCCAGAGCUUGGCGGAUGCAAGAGCUUAUCGUUGUUGAAUCUGGCAUCAAAUAAUUUGAAUGGUUCAGUGCCUGAUUCCAUAGGGAAGCUUGACAAACUGGUAGUGCUGAAGCUUCAAAAAAACAACCUCAGUGGUCCAAUUCCAAGUACAUUUUCUGAUUUGAAAAUCCUGAGCACAUUGAAUCUUAGUGAGAAUUCACUCAGUGGAGAGAUACCGAGUGGAAUUUUCGAGCUACCAAAGCUUUCGAACUUGUAUUUGCAGGGUAACAAUAUCAGCGGACCUAUUCCGAUCUCAAUCAGUUCAUCGAAGUAUCUAAUCGAGCUCAAUCUGGGUGAUAAUGCUCUGACUGGUACCAUCCCAACCAUGCCAACAACUGUGACUACAUCUCUUCUUAAUCUUAGUCAUAACCAUCUUAACGGGCACAUUCCUUCAAACAUCUACUCUUUAAGUGAAUUGGAGAUUCUUGAUCUUUCACACAACUACCUGUCUGGUGAUGUGCCAUCUUCACUAGGGAGCCUGCAAAGCCUGACACUGCUGGAGCUUUCUUAUAAUAAUCUGUCUGGGCCUGUUCCUAGAUUCCGCCCAAAUCAAAAUUUGGAUAUUGAUGUUGUCGGAAAUCCUGGUCUUGUAAAUGGUACAGAAAACAAUAAUGGUAAGAAAAAAAGGCACUAUUUCGUCAUCAUCAUCUUCACUAUUGCCGGUGCUCUUGUUGGAUUAUGUGUGCAUGCUGUUAUUAUUAUGAUCUUAUCAAAGAGAAUAUAUCGUGUUGAAGAAAGGAUACCUGCUGGGGAGGGUGUCGCUCAAAUCAUUAAUGGCAGCUUCAUAACAAUGAACUGCUUCCGCACCUCUGUGAUUAUGUUCAUGAAAGAAAAGCAGGAUGAAUGGAGAAUUACAGCUUUCCAGACUCUGAACUUCGAGGCUGCAGACAUACUCCAGGGACUAAAUGAAGAGAACCUUGUUGGCAGCGGUGGUUCAGGGCAGGUUUACCGCGUCACAUACACCAACCGGUACAACAGGAGCAUCGGGGUGGUGGCCGUGAAGCAGAUACGAAGCUUUGGGUCGCUGGACGAGUUGAUGGAGCAUGAGUUUGAGUCCGAGGCUAGCAUCCUGUGCAACAUCCGGCACAACAACAUUGUCAAGCUGCUGUGCUGCUUUUCUGGCACGGACUCUAAGCUCCUCGUGUAUGAUUACAUGGACAACGGCAGCCUGGACAGAUGGCUCCAUGGCAAUUACGUCCUCCGUGCAGGGCACCCUAUGGCGAGGGUGCGGCCUGUGCAGCGUGUGCCGUUGGACUGGCCAACGAGGCUCAUAGUGGCUGUCGGGGCAGCGCAGGGGCUGUGCUACAUGCACCACCAUUGCUCGCCUCCCAUCAUUCACCGGGACGUCAAGACGAGCAAUAUCCUGCUGGACUCGGAGUUCCGGGCUAAGGUUGCGGACUUCGGGCUGGCUAGGAUGCUGAUGCAAGCAGGGGAACCCAACACGAUGACCUGGGUAGUUGGAUCAUUCGGCUACAUGGCUCCUGAGUAUGCUUACACGAGGAAGGUGAAUGAGAAAGUGGAUGUUUUCGGCUUUGGUGUUGUGCUCUUGGAGCUCACAACUGACAAGAAUGCCAACGAUGGUGGCGAUCACGGUUCCCUGGCAGAAUGGGCAGGGCAUCACUCCCGAUCAGGGGCGAGUAUCCCUGAUGCUACAGACAUCUGCAUCAGAUAUGCAGGGUAUGCUGACGAGAUUGAGACCGUGUUCAGGCUAGGCGUGAAAUGCACGGCUAACUCACCGUCCUCACGACCUACUAUGGAGGAUGUGCUGCAGAUUUUACUCAAAUGCAGCGAGCAGACGCUCAGGAAAAGCAGACUGGAGUGUACUCCGUAG